CUCGUUGCUGGUUAUUGGCGAAACGUGUACUCACUUUUUCCAUCCUAGUCGAGCCAACGCCGGCCGGACGUUUAUCGAGCGGCACCACCUACACCGUUCUCACGUCACGAUCUCCACUAAGCAGCAAAAGCAAAGGCCCCAACUGAUUGUAUUCGACUCCCAUAGCGCCAGGCGAUAGACGCAUCGCUAUAUCACUCUCUGAUACUCCGGUCAACCCUCUGUAGUACACCAUGCCGAGCUCACCAACGCAACCAUUCCCUCUCUACCUAUUCCCUAGCCUUCCCUUUCGCCGCCGCCGAAGCUCUGCCAUCAGCACCUCGACCGCCUCCACAUCUCCGUCCUCGUCUCCACCACAACCGACCUCUUUCUUGACAGCCCAACCCAACUCACAUCUGCGCUGUCAGAAGUGCCUAGCCGACCUCGUCCCCACGUCAGCCAUCAUAAGCAAAGGGUUCACUGGACGUCAUGGUCGCGCAUACCUUGUAGGACCACCAUCGGCAUCCAGCGCAUUUGCUGGUGGUGACAUGUCAGCGACAGGGUGGAAGGCGGGCGACCUACCAAACACCUUGACGCAUAAAGCCCACGCUCGUCAGCUAGUGACUGGCGCCCACACCGUAUCCGAUAUCAGCUGUCGCAGCUGUGGUAUCGUCCUAGGGUGGAAAUAUGUCGAUGCUGCCGAAGAGACUCAAAAGUACAAAGUCGGUAAGUUCAUAUUGGAGACGAAGAGAGUCGUCAAAGGCGCGGAGUGGGACGAGAGCGUAGAAGAGGAGGACAACGGCAUGGUGCUGGAGAAGAAGGAAGAGGACAUCGAGUUCGAUUCGCAGGACGAAGACGAAUGCGAGGACCUCUUCAGCGGCAUCUGGAGCCCCCAACUUGCGAGUAAGAGGAGGAAGCGCCGUGCCUACGGUGACAUUGACUUGUCGGUAUGAGCUUGUCGACCCUUCUAUAUCCACAGUACGAAUGCUCUUGAGCGUAUACUGCGACGCAUACCCUGCAACCCGACACAAGAGACGAACAGAUACCCCGGAAAGAUAGAUACACUUCCACUUUUGAUACCCAGGAAAGGCGCAUGGUUUUGGUGUAAUGGUUUGCUUUU